GACACAGUUUUGUAAUGGCAUGGGCAGAUUCACAGAAAUGUUCUGUAACAGUUAGCAAGAAUAACUCAUCGGGAUAUUUAAUCAUUUAAUCAUUAAAGAGGACAUUUUGUGAUAAACUCAACAGCGAUGGCUCUCUCGCGCUUCAAGGACCUUUUCCAGUGUUCUAGAGCGGCUGUGAUUGGCAUGAUCCAUGUCAAGGCACUUCCGGGAACGCCCUUGAAUCGCCACGGAAUUAAUGAGCUGGUGGAGAUGGCUCGUCAGGAAGCCUUUGCAUACAAAGAGGCCGGUGUUGAUGGUGUCCUGGUGGAAAAUAUGUUUGACAUACCCUACCUCAUGGGAGCAUCGUUAGGGCCCGAAGUUGUAGCCACCAUGACAAGGGUUUGCCAGGAGGUGCGCAGUAUCAUUCCCAAACGCAUUCCUUGUGGCAUUCAGAUCCUUGCAGGAGGGAAUAAGGAAGCUCUGGCUGUUGGGAAGGCUUGCGGACUCCAGUUCAUCCGAGCAGAGUGCUUUGUAUUCUCCCACGUGGCUGACGAAGGGCUCAUGAAUGCAUGCGCUGGGCCUCUGCUAAGAUACAGACGUUCCAUUGGUGCUGAGGAUGUUUUGGUUUUCACUGACAUUAAGAAGAAGCACAGUUGGGACUGUGCACAUUCCAUAACAAGUGAUGUUGGGAUAGCAGACACAGCAGAAGCAGCCAAGUUCUUUCUUGCCGAUGGUGUCAUUCUUACUGGUUCUGCGACGGGACAGGAAGCUGAUCACCGUCAGCUAGAAAAUGUCAUAAGCAAAGUGGACCUGCCAGUGUUGAUUGGGUCAGGAGUCACCAGUGAUAAUGUUCAUAAGUACAUGGAUGCCCAUGGGUUCAUAGUUGGCUCGCAUUUCAAAACAGGAGGAAGGUGAGUGUCUCUGGAAAAUAAUAUUGCAGAUAAAUAGGAUA